AUGCUAUGUCUCUUUUUCUCUGCUUACAUUAUGACAGGAUACAGGGAUGAUAUUAAGCACACUCUUCCCCUCUUCUAUGCAUACAUGUCUCUUUUCUCUGCUUACAUUAUGACAGGAUACAGGGAUGAUAUUAAGCCACUCUUCCCUCUUCUAUGCUCUGAUACAGGGAUGAUAUUAAGCACACUCUUCCCUCUUCUAUGCAAUGUCUCUUUUCUCUGCUUACAUUAUGACAGGAUACAGGAUGAUAUUAAGCACACUCUUCCCUCUUCUAUGCUAUGUCUCUCUUUCUCUGCUUACAUUAUGACAGGAUACAGGGAUGAUAUUAAGCACACUCUUCCCUCUUCUAUGCUAUGUCUCUUUUUCUCUGCUUACAUUAUGACAGGAUACAGGGAUGAUAUUAAGCACCUCUUCCCUCUUCUUACAUGCUAUGUCUCUUUUUUCUCUGCUUACAUUAUGACAGGAUACAGGGAUGAUAUUAAGCACACUCUUCCCUCUUCUAUGCUAUGUCUCUUUUUCUCUGCUUACAUUAUGACAGGAUACAGGGAUGAUAUUAACACACUCUUCCCCUCUUCUAUGCUAUGGAUGAUAUUAAGCACACUCUUCCCCUCUUCUAUGCUGUGUCUCUUUUUCUCUGCUUACAUUAUGACAGGAUACAGGGAUGAUAUUAAUUUGCUCUUCUUCCCUCUUCUUUUCUCUGAUACAGGGAUGAUAUUAAGCACACUCUUCCCUCUUCUAUGCUCUGUCUUUUUCUCUGCUUACAUUAUGACAGGAUACAGGGAUGAUAUUAAGCACACUCUUCCCUCUUCUAUGCUCUGUCUCUUUUUCUCUUCUUACAUUUGUGACAGGAUACAGGGAUGA